CAACAAAAUCGGGAAACCUUCCACAUUUUAAUAACGUCUUAGUAUAGGACUUUCAGGGUUUGGCUCUUUAAUUGUAGCAAAAAGAAAUCGUGAAUUCUUCUUGGAUAUGAUUGAUCGGAUUCCUCUGUAAGGAACUCUCCUGUAAGUUCCUGUAAGGUGGAAGAUACGACAUCGUUUCUCCCUCCGACCCAUCAACAGAUCGGAUCCCUCCGAACAGAGGCGGAGGCGAAAGGCCACACGACCGCAGCAGUUUGAUGGUUGCCUUUUAAUCCUCGUCACCGGAGUCGGGGAAUUUACGCUCCUUCUGGUGCUCUGAAGCAGCUUGCCGCCGGAAUCACAAAGGCCGAAACGGUAGCAGCAGAGUCUUCUCAUACGUUCGAUUGUUUCAGCCGCCAUGUCUAAUGUUGCCGAUUGUGAGCUUCCCAAUGAACUAAUUGUCUCAAAUAUUCUCUCGCGUCUUCCUGUCAAGUCUAUUCUUCGUUUCAGAUGUGUUUCCAAGUCAUGGCGUUCUCUUUUCUCAACUCCCCAAUUUAUCACUAUGCAUCUCAAGAAAACCUCAAACAAUUCCCUUAAUCAUUGUUUCAUCAUCCAUAGCUUGGAUAAGGUCUACUCUCACAAUAUGUCUGUACUCAACAUUAAUUCGAUGGAGAAAGAACCCUUUCCGGUUGUGAACCCUUUUCCUGUAUUUUUGUUAGAAAUGGACUUAGUGGGUUCUAUAAACGGGCUUGUUUGUUUGUCUUGGCCUCCACGUGGACAAAUGAUUGUUCUUUGGAACCCUGCUAUCAAUCUGUGGAAAGGGAUCAAACUCUCUGACUUUCGGUUCCAGAUGUUAGGAAAAGAACCUGUACAAGUCUCAGUUGGGCUGGGUUAUGAUGAAGCACGUGAUGAUUAUAAGAUUGUGAGAAUUUGUAGUUUUAAGGGAUUGGAUUCUUGGGGUUCUUGUGCAGAGGUGUAUUCGGUGAAGCAGGAUUCUUGGAAGAUAGUUAGGCUUAGUUUUCAGUGUAUGGAGGGACAAACUAGGCCUAAUGUGAUUGCAAAAGGGAUACCCUAUUGGGCUGGCUUAAUUGGAGAUGAAAGUGAUGAAAGCGAGCUUAAGGCGGCAUUACUUUGGUUUGAUGCGAAGAAUGAUGUCUUCAGACAUUUUCCGGCGCCUAGGCUUUUGGGUAAUGAUCACAGCGAGUUUAAAGCAAGACUUGUUGAAUGGCAAGGGUGUGUUGCUUCACUUUUAUACUCUCCGACCAAAGAGAAGCUUGAUUGUCUUGAUGUUGUUGUGUAUGAUGAAAUCAAGGGAUGUUGGGAAAGAAGAUUCUCUUUUGGACCAAUUGGAUCGAAAAUCUAUAGCCUCCUGCAAUGCUCCAAGGAUGGGGUUGUUUUGGCGGAGACUCCAGAGGGCACUUUGUUUUUGUAUGAUCCCGCGACUAAUGGAAUCAAAGGAUAUUGUAUCUCUGGCGCUCUGAAAGAAUCAUUUGAAGCAUUCAGCUACAUUGAGAGCUUGGUUUGUGUUGAGGGUAUGGAGCUCGUGAAGGCACAAGAUAAAAAUAAGUUCUGCAUCAGUUUGGAUGAGUUAAACAUCAACUAGAGCCAACAGCCACUUUACAAAGGUCAGCUGCAGAGGCUUCUCUUGAACCUUUGUGCUCACUCUGAUACAAGAAAAGCUUUGGUGAAAAUUCUCAUGGACCUUUUAAUGCUUGACAUAAGAAAGCCUCCCAAUGAUCCCAAUGCUGCUGAGCCCCUUUAUAGGCUUUAUGCUUGCCAGAGUCAUGUGACAUAUUCUCGGCCUCAGUAUGUUGAUGGUGAGUUGUUUUGUUUUUUGUAAUGGACACUCUAGUUAAAUUCGAGUUUCCAACUUUGAUUUAGUUUUUCACUUGCUUCUCAAUAUCACGUAGCGGUUUAGAUUCUUGGCUAAAUUGACUGUAGAAAACUGCAUGGUAGGUUCUUUUCCCCCAACUUUUUCAGAGCCGUAAUGAGCAUGUGUGUGGAUCUAUAUUCUGUUCAGUGAGAUCUGGUUACUGGGUAGUUGAUUAGAGGUUCAGGAAAUAGAAAUGUGCAAGUCCUUUUACCUUUGUAAAGUGAACUGGUAUGAGUUUCAAAUUUCAUUGAAUUGCGAUUGGUAGAGAGCAUAUUUAUCUUAUUCAAUAAAGUUGAUUGUGAAUUAGAGUGUAAUAAUUUUUAGUCACGUGUAAGUUUGGGAGAUAAAUAUAUUGUCACAGUCAAUGGCUAUUCGGGAAUUAUUACGGAGGGUGGUUUGGUGCGAUUAGAUAAGCUUUCGUUGGAGUUGAAACCGUAAAUGCAAUAUGACAUAGUUGGUAUUUCUGGCCAAUGGACCGCAAUCAUCUAGGUAUAUCAUGUAAAUGCCUCAUUUUUUGUAAAAAAAAAAAAAUUAAAAAAAAAGUCAAUGUCUCCAUUUCAAGAUGUUUAAGACUUUUGAAUCUCUCCCAAUAAAUAAUUAGCCAAAUGACUAAGAAUUAGUAAGGCUAAAGAGCUUGCAACAAACAAUCAAUGAUCAGUACUUCACUGCAUAAAUUCUGUUACUUGAAACAAGAAAAAUCCCCGUUUCAAUUUGAAGAUGUCUACGGCGAAAUCUACAAGACAAUAUGUUUCACUUUAUGUGAUGAUUCCACCUUAAAUUUGUUAAAUUUUCUGGAAUAAUUAGUCACGGAAGGGUGAUUGCUCCCCAAUUCAUAGUCACCGUGAAACAGAAAACUGUGGAAGUAGCCAUCUUUAUCGGUACUGCCCACAAAACCUCCGGCGAGACUCCAUUCAUCAAGAAUUUUGUGGACGACAU